AUGGCAGCGUUUACAGGAACGUUGGAUAAAUGUAAGGCUUGUGACAAAACCGUUUACGUCAUGGAUUUGUUGACUUUAGAGGGGAACACUUAUCACAAAUCAUGUUUCCGUUGCAGUCAUUGCAAUGGCACUCUCCAGAUGAGUAAUUACUCGUCCAUGGAUGGAGUUCUUUACUGCAAGACUCACUUCGAACAGCUUUUCAAAGAAUCUGGCAAUUUCAGCAAGAAUUUUCAGACAGGAAAAACUGAGAAGUCUAAUGAGCAUAUGAAUCGAGCUCCAAGCAAGUUAUCUUCAUUCUUCAGUGGAACACAAGACAAGUGUGCGACUUGUAACAAAACCGUUUAUCCACUUGAGAAAAUAAACAUGGAAGGAGAAUGUUACCACAAGAAUUGUUUCAGGUGUGCACACAGUGGUUGUCAUUUGACUCACUCUUCCUACGCUUCUCUUAACGGUGUCCUCUACUGUAAAGUCCAUUUCAACCAGCUCUUUCUCGAGAAAGGAAGUUACAAUAAUAUUGAUCAAGCUGCUGCUAAGCAUCGUCGAUCUGCUUCUUCUGGUGCCCCUUCUCCGCCUUCUGAAGAUCAUAAACCUGAAGAUAGCGCCUCAGUUCCCGAGGGAGAAGGAGGAGGAGGAGGAGGAGGAGGAGGAGGAGAAGAAGCAGCCCCUGAAGCUGCAGGAGAGGAGCCUGAGCCUGUGGUUGAGUAA